AAUUUUGGAACUACUCUGCGUCAUGAACACUCCAAAUCGUGCGUGUCGUGUUUGUAUUCGUGGAUAAUAUUUAUUUAUUUUCGAGUUUUGUGACCAACACAGUGAGUGAAUUUGUGGUGAAUAAUUAUGAAAGUUAAUAAAGGUGCUGUAAAAGACUUAAUCUUGUACUGAUACUGAAAAGCUAAUCAUAUCACCAAAACAAUGAAAUCCGCAUCAGCUGAUAAAUCUUCUUCUAAGAAAAAUGGUUAUGAAUCAGAAGAUGAGACAGUAAGGUACAAGUUGAACACUAACUUCUUUAACAAUUCUGUUAAAUCACCGAAACUGAAAAAAAAUGAAAAAGUUAAAGAUGAGGAUGAUAAUAUUCGGUACAAAUUCCCUCCUGUGUUAAAUAAACAAAAGCCUGUUGAACAGAAACCUAAACCCAAGCAAAAGAUUAAGGUGAACUUUUGGAGCAACAAACAAUCUGUAAGCCGUCUUCACAAUUCUGAAUCAACAAAGCAGAAGGCAAACCGAAGACAUACAGUAGGAGCUACUGCCGAGGACACAUCCAUUGCUAAACCAAAACAUUCAGCAGUAAAAGUACGAAAACGAGUAUCAUUCCUACCAUCCCCUAUAUUUUCUGAAAACCAUGUGCCGAUGGUAACAGUGCCUGAUGAUCUAACUAUACAGUUGAAUGAGGAAGAAGCUAAUGAUCUGGCUGAAGACUUGAAUCUGGCUUUUGUUAACAGUGCAAGUAGUGAUAUCAAAGGAAAACCAUCCCCAAAAAGAAAAGCUAAGAAUGAUAUCACCAACCCCCGUGAGGCUAAACGUAAGAGGAGUUUAGAGGAUGAACCAAGGAUUCAAGGGAAUGAAAAUGAGCUGGAAUUUUUCUCCAAAUAUGUUGUCCAGAAGCUGAGAAGGAUGGAGACAAAUCAACGUAUUUACUCAGAAAAUUUAAUUAAUACUGUCCUUAUGUUAGGUCAGCUCGGCAAACUGAAUGGUAAAUCAAAGAUAACAGAAACAUAAUAUAUGAAGCAUUUCUUUAUUAGUUCAAUGGAGUUAAUAGCAUUAGAUUAGCAUAAUAUUGUUUGAUAAUAAUUUAUCUAAAUAUCUUUAAAUCAAGGACCAGGAUAUUCUCAAAGACAUCAAUCAUGCAUAAGUACAUUAAAUUAGUCAAUUUAAGUUAUGGUGCUUUAAAUUAU